AAUGAAUGAAAUAAAUGUCAAAGUGACAUUAAAAAUCUCAAUCAAUCAAAUCAAAUUGACAAGGGUCUAACAGAGAGAAAUCCGUUUAAAAUUGUGAAUAUAAUAAUUGUUAAUAAUUCUAUUGCGAUAUAAGAUGCCUUUACAACGAAUUGUGGCUCUUUCUACCAUAUUAGUGCAGAACAGUCGCCCUAGUUUUAUCCUUAGUACGAAGCAUCAGCAGUUAAAUAAGUACAAAUGUCUAACAAUAAACAGAUUGAAGCACACAAAAGUUUUAAAAAGCGAAAAAGAAAAACUACGCACAUACGUCGUACAGAGAUAUAUCGACUACGUGAAGAACUACACUAAAGUCCUAGAAAAUAGAUUUCCUACUGCCGUAAAGAUGUACAGAGUCUUCAGCGUAGGAAUCAAAGACUUUCUACGAGAUCUUAAAACAUAUAUAUCUUUAAGAAUAAAAGUUACUAGAGACCAAGGAUUUAGUAAUAUGAGCAGACAAGAUAUUGAGUUGUUCCAAAAAAUGCCAUCGGACAUGUGGAGAAUAGCGCCAGUUUUAAUAUUAUCUGCUGUACCUUUUGGCAAUUAUGUUAUUUUUCCUUUGGCAUUCUUAAAACCAAGAUCUCUACUCUGCUCACACUUCUGGUCAAUACAGCAGAAACUGGAAUUCUCCACACAAGAUUUGGUAGAACGUCUUAGGAAUAAUAAACCAGUCUUCAGAGCCUUACAAGCAAAAGUAGAUUCAAUAAAGGACAAAGAAUUGAAGUUAAAAUGGAAGAGAAUUGUUGGACUAUUAGGUUCUGGGGUCCAUCCCAAACCAGAGGAUAUUCUGUCUUGCAAAGAACUAUUUGUAAAUGAACCUUAUCAGUUAAGCAGCUUGACCUAUGCACAUGCGGGUUACCUACUUAAAAUGCAUGGUUUAAGAAAAACCAUAUUCAGGAGGAACAAAUUGAAGUACCGGGCCUUUCUGCUGUUGGAAAUGGACAAAGCGAUCAUCAGAGAAGGAGGAGUAGAUUCCCUGCCCAUGGAAACGCUAAGAAACGCAUGCUUAAUAAGAGGUUUGAAUGGCAGUCACUUAACAAACCAAGAAAUGAAGAACUGGCUCCAAAAUUGGCUGUUAAUAUCUCAAAAUGUAGAUAAAACUUCUUAUUCUUUACUGUUACAUACGCCAAUAUUUUUAGCUUACAAUCAUCCUCAAAACUGGGUGCUGAUAUAUUAGCAGUUACUAUUCAUGUACUAUUCAUGUUUUUUACAUGUACAAAUACUAUGCAUGUAUUUGCAUCAGUGGCAAGGUAGCUAAUGUUUUUUAUUGUUUUCUCUGUCUGCGAAACCGGCUAACUCGAAAAUGUUAAGGCUUACUACACUCAGUGCCGUCAGGCGGCGAAGGUCGGCGUUUCAUAUACAACUGAUAUGCUACUUGCCCUAAGCGACUGCCGUCGACAGUGUAGUAUUUAAGGUACGUUUCAAAUGCUAGUGCUGCUGCCGCUUCGAUCCAAAACGGUUUCAUGCAAUUACAUACAAACCAGUAGUGCAGCAGCGGCCGGUUUAAUGCAUUCAUAGUAUAUGCGAUUGGCUUUCGCAUUCAAAACGUACCUUUAGCCUUUCGUGGGCCUCUACUCUAGUAUGUGACCUUUAUUUAUUAAUUUUAUAUAAAAAAUGAAACAAAAAACAAAGAAAAAUCUCUUUGAUACCAAAAUUUUUAAAAUGUUAGUGCUAAGGUUUGUGUAACAGCAACAAAAUAACUAUGGUAUUGCUUACAGCUAUGUUUGCUUAAAGCUCUGAAAAAAAUAUUAUUAACAUUAUUUAGAAAAUAAUAUUAUGUAAAGCACUGGUACUCAGCUACAUCCAGUUAGACUGGAAGCUGACCCCAACAUGUUUGGGAAAAAGGCUUGGAGGAUGGUUAUGUGUAUUGGGAAACGGAAAAUAUAUUUGCUUCCAAAUGUCAAAAAGCCACAAAUGAACUGUGACUAUUUCACUUCCAAUAUAUUAAAUGUUUAUCGAAACUUACUUUUCUUCUUAACUAUUAUUUUGAAAGAAGAUCAGGUGUUUUGUGCCAAAAAUAGACAAAUAAUUACAGUUCAAAGAUUUUACUAAUUAAACCUCAUAUGAUAGAAACCAAUUAAGUAAAAAUAUUGCAAAAACCUUAAUUAUGGCCUUAUAUACACUUACGUAAAGCCUGAUUCUUACUAUAGGUGUGUUCGUUAUAACUGCACACAAUUAUUUGUUAGAUUAUUAAAUUGAAUAUGACAAUUAAUAUUAAUAUUUAUUGCAAAUAAAUCCGGUUAGACUGGAAGCCAACCCCAACAUGAUUGGGAAAAAGGCUCGGAGGAUGAUGAUUUAUUGCAAAUUAUAAAUAUAGUUGUAAUGUAUUUGUACUGUGAAUUUGCGUCAAAUUAUAAUUUGUCUUCUUUGAUAUACUUCCAAAAAUCCUGUACAUAUUGUGGUCUAUGUUUGUCUAAGCAGAGUAGUGUCAUUUUAUACUUUUGAUAAAUAUAUCUGUCUAAAUAAUUCUAAGUGGGUUGGCAAGGCGCAAACUCCAUUUGGAGUCCUAAUUUAGAAACUCCAGAAUGAUACCUAUACAAUAUUUAUUUAUACCAGCAAAAUAAUUAAUAAGAUUUCUGUAAAAAAUAAUAUUUCUAAUUAUUAUUCCUCAAAAUAAUGUAAUUAUUGCGGGGAAGCUAUUUUCAAAAUAUAAUUUGUUGAAAUUGUAAUUGUGAUUUAUGCCUUAUAUUUUUUUAUCUUGUUUGUUUAAGCAGGCUUAAAGUCUGUUCGGCUUAAAUAUUACUUAAGCACAAUGUAGCAUAUUGUUAAAAAAAUAUCAUAGCACUAAGUAAUCGCACCUGGUGUGUCCACUGUUUACUCUUAAGAGUUUAAAAAUUAUAAGCAGUAUUUUUCUUAAAACAGCUGUUUGCUUUUAAUUUUAAUUCUAUAAUUUUCACUUUCUAUUUUCACAGUAAACUGUUUUGUUAUAGUAGUAUUUUUGUUUGUUUCAAUAGUAUUUUUUUCCUUCUCCGUGUGAGAGGCGGCCUGUGCCCAGCAGUGGGACGAUAAAAAGGCUGUAAUGAUGAUGAUUUUCACAGUAAACUGUUGUUUUAAGAAAAAGCGGACGUAUAUUCGCAUUGUCGGUGAACUUAGGACUUACAUGUUUUGCUGUUGCAGACCUGGCGAGCAAAAUUAUGUAUUAUUUUCUUCCCGUAACUAACGUCAGGCCUAAAGAACAGUCUAGAAUAGUUUGUGUUCAAAACAAUAUUGUUAAAAGUUUAGUUCCUAAAAAGUACACCGUAUGUUUUUGUUGUGAUAUCGUUACUUAUUGUGUUGUAAAGUUUGCACUAACAGUAUUAUGUAUCUUAUUUAAGAAUAAAAAUGUUGAAUACGUUCACAAUUUAGCUCUUCGUUAUUUUUUGGCAGUUUCUAAUAGAGGUGCAGAUGCAGUUUUGAUUUUCUAAAUAAAUGUUAUGUGGUGUAAUUUUAUAGCAAAAAUAUAAAAAAUGUAAUAUUUGUUAACUGCAGUCAUAAAUGUUGACUUGGUGAAUAAAAAUGUUUGAUAAAACUCCACUAUUCUUUUUGUCGUUUGUCAUUAUAAAGGAAUUUGCGUUAAAUAUUUAUCGACAAGUUAAAUGUUAUUGUUAUUAUAAUGUACCAUUGAUGAGCUAGUUUCUUAUGCAUGUCGUUAGCCUCGUAGCUUUUGUUAAGAAUAAUUGUGUAUUAUUCACGACGCUAAUUUCAGUACUGUGCAUUUUUAGCCCUCGCGAUUUUGUCAUAGCGCUGCUCAAGCUAUUUUGUCGAAAUAAAUAUUUUAAUAAAUUAGCACUUGCCAUCGAUAUAUAUGUACUACGUACUAGAUAGAACGUUCCGAACAAAAAGCUUACCACACUGAACUGCAGUGCAGACUAUGCAGUGCCCAAAAUGGCAAAUCAGAGCGAUUUUGACGCCUGCGUCAGAUGGAUGUCUAUGAAACGACAAUUAUAAAAUAGAAAAUACAUAUCAAAGUAUAAACUUACACAUAUAAACUAUUCGAGAGUCAAGUUAGUAAAAUUACACGCUGUUCAUGCUAUUACAACGCUUGUAUAUCAUACUUUUCAUUUAUAAUUCAAUUUUACAAAUAUGCAUUAAUUUGUUCCCGCCCGCCAUCUUAAAUUAUGGAUUAAAAAAUCGUGCAGAAACAGAUGUGCCAUAAAACUGGCAGUAGGUAAAAUAUCAAUGAAAACAGACUUCACUUUGUCAUGGUAUGUUCUUACUUUCAAGAAAAAAUAAUUAAAUUCGCGAAAAUUUGUGAUAGCCCUCUUAAGAAAAAAAACAUCGUAAUUAAUAUUAAAAACUCUAAAAAUAAGUUCCUGGUUUUAAUAUAUUACAUGAUUUUGCAUUCAAUUAGAUA